AUGCAGAGUGUUCGCACCCGAGGCGAGCACACCAAACUGAUCAUCCGUGACCUCAGCUCCAAACACGGUGUCUUCGUGGAUAAUGAGCGGAUCGAGCCAGCCAAAGAUACCGAAGUCGUUAUCGAUGCCGCCAAUACAUGGACAGUUAAAGAAAAGAGGCACGUAGCAGGACGCGGCUACGGUGGAUUCGUAGAUGUGAUCGUUGGUGAAAAGACCUCAUUCCGACUAGAAAGAGUUGACUGGAGCCUUUGUUCUCAAGGACUGAGCGCCCAGGCCAAGGUGGGCAUCGUCACAACCGCGGUUGAGAUUGACUGCAAGAUGGAGGAGGCUUGGACUUCUGGCAUAUCAACGCAUCUAAUUGUUGGAAGAACCAAGCGCAGCGAAAAAAUGUUUCUUGCUCUUGCAGAAGGAGGACAUCUAGUGGGCGUUGACUGGCUCAAAGCAGCGGAAACUUCUUUUAGGGAAUCAUGGAGUUCGAAAGGCCAGAAGGACGCUCGUACGCUUGAAGUCGAUCACCCCGCGCCAGUUCCCGCUAUCCUGCAAUGCCUUGAUAUUCAAUGGACGCCAAACGCCACUCGAAAAGCACUACUCAAGGACUACCGCUUUAUCUCGAUCGCAGCUUCGAAAUACUCAGGGCUGAGCCACGUAAUACAAUGCGCUGGAGGAAGCUGGGCUACAGCAGAUGCAGCAAAUGCGCUACAUCUGAUACGCGAAUGCAUCUUUGCCACUAUCAUACCCGUAUUCUUGCGUCCACCAGGCGAAGGAGAUGUCGCCAAAGCGUACCCAAAACUGGACACCACUUUGACAAGGAUGAAGUAUCGAUGGGUACACGAGGAUGAGAUCGGGAUGGCAAUCAUGUACGCGUCGACGGAUAUGUACUGCAAUCCAAAAUAUCUGGAGCCACUGCCAGCUAUGGAGACCGCGGGAUCUUUUCAAAACAGCUUAAUUAGUCCUUCACUUACGGAACCGUUACAUAUCACCGAUGUUGCUGCACUACCAUCAUCUUCUGUUGCGGUCCCCCUUUCCGCAGCUGUCACAGCUCUGAGCAGAAGUGGAUCAUCCACUGGAGAUACCAAGGAUGAUCCGCAGAUUGUUGACGACGACGACGACGAACCGCCUAUAGCCUCAUUCAGUUUGUCACAAAUGAUUCCCGCAUCCACGAAACCGAAUCACACAGGCACCAGCACUCUGGGUGUUGGAUCGGAGACGUUGUCCGCGCCUCAGCCUUCAAACCCCAAAGCGACUGAGAAACCAGCCAAAAAGAAGACAAAGAUGGAUCGCAUGGCGUUGUUCUUCGACGGACUAGAAGACGAAGAUGAUGCUAUGAUUUUGAACGCUGUCGAACCGAAAAGUGACAAGCCAAUACUAUUACCAACCGCAAAUGACACGCCUAGUCUGCCGAUUCCUGUUGCUGCGGCUUGGCCGGAGAAGCAGGGACAAUCAGGCAAUCAAUUGGGCAUAAACGUCCACGAUGGAACAGGACGGCCUAUCGCUAUUGGGGACGAUGCCGUUCAAAAUGCCUUGGAGCCACGAGAAGCUGAGAUGGAGGGCGAUUUGAAGAAACCCAGCCCUGAUGAACCAAGACGCGUCGGCCUUAUAAAGGAGAAUGAAGACACGAAAUUAGAGUUGAUUUUUCAGUCCUCCUCCCCAUCAACUAGCGCCAAGGGGUCGAGAAAAAAGCCUAGUUCAUUUGAUGCGGUUCGGGAGGACAUGGUUGCGCUGAAAUUGAACGUGAAGGUUGGACGGCAAAAAGACAACCUGGAUGAGCAGGAGCGAUUGCGAAGGCUAGAAGCCCAGCGGCUGUUGGAAAGAUCCAAGGGCGAGGAGAGUAAACUCAUGCAGUCUGAAUGGAGCGAGGCCCUGCUGGCCAAGAGUAAGCGUCGAAGGAUCAAAGAAGAGCAGGAUCAAACCCCACAAGGUAGCCUUGCGACAGAGCCUAGCCAGGAACCAGACCAUCAAUCUGUAAGCGUUCGGAUUUUGGAAGCUGCGGAUCAAAAGAAUUGGCCUGAGCGGUGGAAGAAUCUCCCGAACUUUAAGGACAGGACAGAGGUGGAUACUGUCCUGCACGAAAAAUGGAAGAAUUCCACGAUGACAGGGCUUCAUGUCGAGCCAAGAAAGCCAGCUUCCCUCACAUUGGACGGGAACAUUGAGGUGAAGCAAGAAGAGACCGGCCAGAAGGCCGGCCGGUAUCUGAAGCAGGAGCCACAAAACUCUUCGGCAACAUCACCAGUCCCAGUUCCGGCGCUAGGACAGCGACGAAAGCCAAUCAGCGAGGUGCAGAGGACACGCAACGAUUUAAAGGCGCUGCUUGCAGAAGACUAA